CUCCAGGUAUAUACGUCAGCGCUUAUAUUCAGCCCAUUGAACAGCUUAAUACGGAGAGUAUUUAAAGAGGAAGAACCCAAAUGGCUAAAGGUCAAGCCUAUAGUGGAAUAUAAUUGGAGCCCUUGUUUACAGACGCUAAGUCGCCAUAGCGAUUCGGUCUUGUCAGUGGCCUUCUCAGCCGAUGGCCGCUACGUCGCCUCAGGGUCACAGGAUACGACUAUCAAGAUCUGGGAUACGACGACAGGCGAAGAGCAGCAAACGCUAAAUGGCCAUAGCGGUUUUGUCUGGUCGGUGGCCUUCUCAGCCGAUGGCCGCUACAUCGCCUCAGGGUCGGAGGACUGGACCAUUAAGAUCUGGGAUGCGACGACAGGCAAUGAGCUGCAAACGCUAAAUGGCCAUAGCGAUUCGGUCCUCUCGGUGGCCUUCUCAGCCGAUGGCCGCUACGUCGCCUCAGGGUCAGGCGAUGAGACCAUUAAGAUCUGGGAUGCGACGACAGGCAAUGAGCAGCAAACGCUAAAUGGCCAUAGCGGUUCGGUUGACUCGGUGGCCUUCUCAGCCGAUGGCCGCUACGUCGCCUCAGGGUCAGCCGAUGGCACCAUCAAGAUCUGGGAUACGACGACAGGCGAAGAGCAGCAAACGCUAAAGGGCCAUAGCUGUUUCGUCUUCUCGGUGGCCUUCUCAGCCGAUGGCCGCUACGUCGCCUCAGGGUCAGCCGAUGGCACCAUCAAGAUCUGGGAUACGACGACAGGCGAAGAGCGGCAAACGCUAAAGGGCCAUAUCUAUUCGGUCCUCUCGGUGGCCUUCUCAGCCGAUGGCCGCUACGUCGCCUCAGGGUCACAGUGUCAGACUAUUAAGGUCUGGGAUGCGACGACAGGCAAAGAGCUGCAAACGCUAAAUGGCCAUAGCGGUUCGGUCUACUCAGCGGCCUUCUCAGCCGAUGGCCGCUACGUCGCCUCAGGGUCAAGCGAUGAGACUAUCAAGAUCUGGGAUACGACGACAGGCGAAGAGCAGCAAACGCUAAAUGGCCAUAGCGGUUUUGUCCGGUCGGUGGCCUUCUCAGCCGAUGGCCGCUACAUCGCCUCGGGGUCAGACGAUAAAACCAUCAAGAUCUGGGAUGCGACAACGGGCAAAGAGCGGCAAACACUAAAG